CGCGAAAGAUAUCCUGAUAGAGACAUACCACGGAGGAAAAACAAAGAGACAUACCUUUUCGAUAUGUGUUUAAAAGGUUAGUGGAUACUUUAAACAAUUUAGGGCGUUUUGAUAUGCGCUUACAGAAUCCAGAACAGCGGGUGAUAAACGUCAACGACGAUGAAAAUUUUAACUUACUUUGAGGCGUAUCCGAAGAGUUCAGUGAGGGAAGGUGAAGAAGAAAUUGGAAUUUCCAAGAGUAAAAUACACCGAGCAUUGAAAAAAUACAAGUUUAAGAGUUAUGUUGAAGGACGAUUAGUGCAAAAAUUACGCCGGGGAGAUGCUGAAAGACGUCUUAAUUUUUGUCACCAUAUUGAGAGGCUCAUCCUUGAGAAUCAAAAUGUUCUGGAGACCAUUAUUUGGUCAGACGAGUCAAACUUCAGUAACAAUGGUAUGUACAACCGGCGUAAUAAUCGUAUUUGGUCCAGACAGAAUCCCUUACGAAUCCACGAGACUAAUGAUCAAGUGCAUUUUUCUUUUAACUGUUGGUGUGGGAUUGUUAAAAACCGAGUACUCUUAAUACAUUUUUACGAAGGAAAUCUGGCGCCGGCUCGUAACAGUAGGAGAACUGCCGAGUUUCUUAAUGAACAUUCUCCUUCAUGGAUCGGUACUUAUGGACAAAUUCGAUGGCCAGCGUGAUCCCCAAAUCUAACCCCACUGGACUUUUUUGUGGGGUUAUGUAAAAGAUGUAGUAUACAAGAACCGGUACGACAGUGUUCAGGAGUUACAAAAUGAACUCAGACGUAUUAUAACAAACAUUCACCACGUAAAGAUAAUGAAAUCGACAGGCAGAGAAAUUAUUAAAAGAGUGAGAAUUUGCAUACAACAAAAUGGAUUACAUUUUGAACAUUUGAUAAAUUAAAUAUUUCUUUUUUUU